AUGCCUCGACCAACAUUGCGCUCAGAGAUCCUAGGCCGGCUUCGCAACGUCAUAUCGGAUGGCGGCAUCAUUGUUGGCGCGGGAGCCGGAAUUGGGCUUUCUGCCAAAUCUGUGGAACAAGGAGGCAGCGACUUGAUCAUUAUUUACAACUCAGGCAGAUUCCGGAUGGCUGGAAGAGGGUCACUGGCGGGCUUGAUGCCUUACAGCGAUGCGAAUGCAGUUGUGGUCGAUAUGGCCAAAGAAAUUCUCCCCAUUGUUCAAAAGACACCGGUUCUAGCAGGCGUAUGCGGAACAGAUCCAUUCAGAAGCAUGCCAGAGUUUUUGCAGGAAUUGAAAGACAUUGGAUUCUCAGGGGUGCAAAACUUUCCCACGGUGGGCUUGAUUGAUGGCAACUUCCGAAAAAACCUGGAGGAAACCGGAAUGGGGUACGAUCGCGAGGUCGAGAUGAUCCGGCUCGCGCGGAAAUUGGAUUUCUUGACUACGCCUUAUGUCUUCAAUGUCGACGAGACAGAGCGCAUGGUUCGGGCGGGAGCAGAUGUGCUCGUCGCACAUGUCGGUUUGACGACCUCGGGGACGAUUGGCGCCGAGACAGCUCUGUCACUCGACGAUAGCGUCAGGAUUGUGCAGGAAAUUCGCGAUGCCGCAGUCAAGAUCAACCCGGACAUCAUUGUGCUUUGCCAUGGUGGACCGAUCGCAGAGCCGCAGGAUGCUGAAUAUGUGCUCAACCGGACCACGGGGGUACAUGGAUUCUUUGGCGCGAGCAGUAUGGAGCGUCUACCGGUAGAAGUCGCUAUCAAGGAGAAUGCGCGGGCCUUUAAAAACCUCAAGAUCGAUCGCAAAUGA